AAACUGACGACGUCCCUCUUUUCUUACGCGUCUUGAAGCAGCUCUUUUGCAAGCUGUGCCUUGGAUUCCAGACUCUGCAGCGGAAGGAGAGGAGAUGGGGGUGACCUACUCCUUAGGUCUGCCCCAUGGGAAGGGGCCACACGCCGUCGGCUGCACGGAUGUGAUGGUGGGACAGAGCCCAAAGGGUCUCUUCUUCCGCUUGUUCUAUCCCUGCAUUUCACAAGAGGGGGCAGAACAGCCCUCCUGGAUCCCCCGCUAUGAAUAUUACUGUGGACUAGCUGACUACAUGAACAUGAACCGGAAAUGGUGCGCCCCGUUGCUCAGCAUGACCUUUGGGUCAUGUCGAAUCCCUGUGAGCUGGGACGCCCCUAUGAAAUCAAGCAACAACAAGUACCCCUUGAUCAUAUUCUCACAUGGGCUAGGAGCCUUCCGAACUGUUUACUCUUCUAUCUGUGCUGAAAUGGCUUCUCGUGGGUUUCUGGUGAUGGCACUUGAACACAGAGAUUAUUCUGCUUCUGCCACUUACUUCUGCAAGAUGGAUUCUGAAGCGUUGGACUUCCCUGAGGCUCCGGUACAAGAAGAAUGGCUUUCCUAUCGAGGGGUGCCAAAAGAUCAGAAAGAGUUUUACUUCCGAAAUCCACAGCUCCAUCAGCGAGCAAAUGAGUGCAUCCGGGGACUGAAACUGAUCCGGAACAUCAGCGGUGGCAAGGCAGCUGUCAACCUCUUGCACACAGACUUUGAUCUGUCGUCACUGAAGGACAAUGUGGAUUUGUCCAGAGCGGCCAUCAUGGGUCACUCAUUUGGAGGAGCAACAGCAAUCCUCACCCUCGUGAAAGAGGCACAAUUCAGGUGUGCUGUUGCCCUUGAUGCCUGGAUGUUCCCUUUGGAAAACUCUCUUUACCCGAAAGUGACCAAACCAGUGCUUUUCAUCAACACCGAGACCUUCCAGACUGUGGAUAGCGUGGCCAAGAUGAAAAAGAUCUGCUCCAUGAACAACGAGACCAAAAUCAUCACUAUCUUGGGCACUGUCCAUCAGAGCCAAACCGACUUCACCUUCCUCGCGGGGAAUCUAUUGAACAGAGUCUUCCAAACUAGAGGCACCAUCAAUCCUUAUGAAGGGCUGGACAUCACUAACCAGGCUGCACUGGCCUUCCUACAGAAACAUCUCCAGCUGAAAGAAGACUUUGACCAGUGGGAUGGUCUUCUGGAAGGUGUUGGGAAUGCCGUCAUUCCAGAUGGACCUCUGCAGAAGUCCAGCAUGUAGACAUAAAAGACAAAAAAAAAUGUCUCUGAGCAUCUGGUGUACCCUGGAUUAGGGGGGAAGAAAGCAUUCUCUUAUAUACAACAGCUGUCUGAACUGAACACCUUACCAACUUCAUAGUGGAUCUGUCGCUGUGAUGCUUUGGCCAUCCUGUAGCUCGCAUAUACAUGCUAUUCAGUCCUCUGGUGCUACAGACAGGAAGAUGAGAAGUGUUGUAGAUAACUGGGCAGAUCUGUCUGCAUCUCUGUGGCUUUUGAGGAGGAGCAAUAAUAAGGGUUGUAGUUCAAAGCACAAUCCAUUGGGGACUCUCUCCUGUUCAAGUUCCUGUUGCAAUGAAAGGGCAGUUGAGGGAAACCACUUUGACAUUUGCCCCUUCUGCAGUCUAUGUUCUGGGAAGAUAACACCAGUGCUUUUAGUGUUGAAACGCCUGCAGCUUCCUAUCAAAGGCAAACACAAUCAAACCAGCUGAGUGUCUCACCUGUGAUGGUACUUAGAGGAUGAAGGACCUGGCCAGUCUACGGAUCACCAUGGAAAUGAGAGUGAAGAUUAUCCAUGAUUGAAGAACCAAAAAAAUCUCAGUGCUAUGUAGAUGCAUCUCUGUCUUUGCCUAGGCCAGUCUUCAGAUCCCUUCUCAGCGCACAAUUAGUUACUUCCCAGAUGGUUUCAUAGGCAUCAACGUCUUUCUGCUUAAUUCUUCCCAGAUGUUUCCAUUGCCUGUAUUGGUUGGUUAGUUUUUGUACCUGAACAAUAAUUCAGACUCCCAGAGGCAGUCUUUCAAAUGGUUAGAAUGGACCAAAUGUGUGGUUGCCAAAUGGUAAUAGUAGAAAAGAUUUGCAUAUUUAAUUUGUAAAAUCAAAUGGGUCUUGAAGCUUUCAGUUCUGACCUAGACCCAAACUACUCCUGGCACCGAGGAUCUGGGUUUGGACUAGGGCCACAGUGCUAGUAGGAGAUUCCUCUUCCCUCUGAACUGUUUCCUCACUAAAAAGAAUGCCUACUCUCUGACAGCUGCUUUAGACUUAGGAAAAAUGAGAUACAACACAGGUGCCUGUCUCUUUCCCCUUCUGGAGCACAAAGUGAUCAGGGAAACGGUGGGAGGAGACGUUCCCACCAUGGCAGCCUCACAUGAACACAUGUGGGAGGCCCAAUCCAAAUAUAGAUCCUCAUGAGUGCAUAGGGUUGGCAUGGAUCUUGGGGCUAGUUCACACAUUGCAAAUUCCUCACUGCAUGGCUGGGGUGCGCAGUGUGAUGUGACAGACGGCAAGUUGCACAGGCCUCCUACUGUGGCCCCACCUGGCCUCCCUCUGCCUGUAUUGCCUUCCCAGAAUAAGCUAGCCACCUCGCCCUCCGUUAUUAACUCAGGAAGAACUCUAUAAAUGCUGCUGGGGUGACUUGCAUCAUUCGGAUGUUUGUAUGACUUGUGUGAGAUGAGGUCUAUGUUUGGUUUUUAUGAACGCUGCAGGAAUUGGAGAUUUGUGGGUUUCAACAUGUUCUUA